AUCAUCUAUUUCUCCAAAUUUCAGCGCGUGAUGCUUUUCCGCGAUCGGGUUCGUGAUGACAAAGCCUCGUUAGGCGUGCAGACUCGUAUGAACUGGCUCACAGAUGAUGGUCCAGUAGGAGCUGUGAUUACGAUUCAUCGGAAUCGUCUAGUUGAGGAUGGAUAUCAACAAUUGGCCAAUUUGAGUUCCACUCAACUGCGGAUGAAAAUACGCGUGCAAUUCGUCAACGAAAUGGGUUUGGACGAGGUUGGUAUCGAUUUGGAUGGUGUAUUCAAGGAAUUUCUGGAAGAAACGUUGCAUCGUGUGUUCGAUCCGAGCCUGAAUCUGUUCCGGGUGACCAGUGAUCAACGUCUCUAUCCAUCACCGUCGUCACAUUUACAGGAAAAUCACCUGCUGUUGUUCGAAUUCCUGGGGAAAAUGUUGGCUAAAGCGAUCUACGAGGUAUUUACGUGA